AAGCUGGGUGUAAGCGUUAGAUAAGGGGCUCAGCAUCGACACUGGUGCUGCUGCUGCUGCGCUUCUCUUCACUCUGACUGUGCGGAGAUGUUGGACCGUUCCCGGUGAAAAAACCCCCCCAAACAAACCCCACCGAAGCUCUGCCCCGUGAAAAUGCCUCACUGCAAGGUGUAACCGAGCGGGAAUCACGGUCAGAAGAGCGGGGCAGAGAAGGCCAGGUCUCCGGGACAGGUUGGGAGGAUAACACCGGCAGGAUGUGGCAAGUUUUAGCAUGCGGGGCUGUAGUUUUCCCCGGUCUUUUCUUCGCCUUCAAGAAGAUUCUGCCAACUGUAUUCAAACACUGGACCAAUGCGGACGUGGUUCUGGUCAGCGAGAGACUGGUGUCAUCCAUCCACGCUCUCAUGGCAACAACAGCAGGAGUCAUUAUCGUGUCAUCAUGCAGAGGGAACAUCAUUUAUGACAGGCACUGGAUAACCACCCACUUCGUCAUCUGGUACGGCGUCCCCUACAUGACGUACGACAUCUUCGCCAUGUACCUCAGCCACUACUACCGCUACCACGUCAAAGGCCACGAGGACUACAAGCAGCAUUCGCUGAGAACCAUAAACUCCUUUGUCCGGAGAGAGUUCCUGCUGGUCCUGCACCACAUAGCCCUGCUCACCAUCCUGCUGCCUAUCACACUGUUCUUCAGGAAGGACCAGGGGGAUUUCUUCAUCGGCUGCCUGUUUCUAACCGAGCUCAGCACACCUUUCGUCUCCCUGGGGAAGAUUCUCAUUCAGCUCAGCCUCCAGGACUGCUGGCUGCAUAAGGCCAACGGCGGCAUGGUCCUGGUCACGUUCUUCAUGUGCCGCAUCGCUCUCUUCCCCUUCAUGUACUGGAUGUACGGCCGCCACUAUGGCAUCCCCCUCUACAGCGUCCCCUUCCACCUGCCUCUCUCCGCCAACCUGGGCAACUUGUGCAUCCUGGCGCCACAGGUCUACUGGUUCGUGCUGCUCUGCAGAAAGGGCUACCGGCUGUACAGGCGAAGCCGCGGGCCACAGUCUCCUCCUGUGGCCGACGGCUCCAAGGAGGAUUGAUGUCCAGUUUGCUCUCCCUCGAUCAGGCUGCUCACUCAGCUACUAACUCAACCCCAUUAUCGUGCUGUAGUACACCAGGACUGCCUGCUCUCUUUCCCUCCACUACUCCUGGGCAUUUUCCCAUACACUCCUCUGUAACAAAUCUGUUGCCUAAUCGGAUCUCUGUUUGAUUUUUAUUUUUUAACUCUCAAGUGCUGCACUCUUCCACACUUAGAGUCCUGGAGAAAGGUCACAUUCACCUGGAAAAGGAGAAAAGCGGAGUGAACGGGACGAGGGGGGAGACUUUAUCUUAUCUUUCACUCCUGCUGUUUUAACAGCUGCUGCUGAUCGGGAAGGUUUGUUACAGCGAGAGGCUGUUACCACAGGUCGUAUUUAAAUUUAUGGUUUUAUUACAGUUCGGAUGGAUGUCACGUGGUUUUGUUUUAUCACCAGUGAGCUGUGAUCCAUGGGCUCUGCCAGCGACAUCCGCCACCUCAUCUACAUUUCACAGCUGCACGGUUACAAAUCUGCUUUAUUAUUCCAAUUAUACCGAUUGGUUAUGUUUUUCUUAUUUUCAAGAGAGAAUAUGUUUCUUAAAAGUGUCCGAAGUUUCAAGGGCUUAUUUUUAUGAUCUGAUUUCAUCAUUUAAGUCGCCUUGAGGAAAGCCUUCGGUUGGUUGUGGGGGGAGUUUAAAAGUUUUCAUUUACAGCUGUGUUUUUUUUAUUGUUUUCCAAUGUGAAUUAGCAUUUUCAUGGCAUAAACUCAGUUUAGGUUACACUGGAGCGCCCCCUGUGAUGCUGGGAGCGGUGGGAGCGGGACACUGGGGAAACGAUAAUAGCUCAGGUUCUGGUUAAAUACUAGUUUCUCACCUGGACAGACUUGAGACGAACUCGUAAAGUGCGGAAACCCACUUUAUGGACAGACAGAAGCGUUUCGGCGUGUGGCUUUCGUCGGGGUCAUUUAACCCUUUUCGGUAGUUUAUUUUCAAACGGCUUUAUUUAGAUCAGGAAGGAGUGAAUAUCAAAGCGAACCAGUCACGCUUGCAUAUAGACAGGCUGACCAAUGAGCAGUUGAGGGGGCGGAGUUUGUUGUAAUAUAGGCUUUUAAGUUCAACCUU